AUGACUUCCGAGGUUGGUGAUGACAUAGACCCCAGAAUAUUCCAUAAUAAAUCGUUUCGACUUUAUAAAACCAAUAGGGCGAUCUCCGUUGACUUCAGCAACCAGCAACUUCAGUACAUACGACUAAACAUAACCAAAUACGUUUACAACGGAGUUACGUCGAUAAGCAAUAGUGGGAUCUCCAAUGCAUCCGAUUUUCUUCGAGGAGUAAUUGUAAAGCAUGUGGUUAAGAAGUUGGAUGUUACACCAGAAAAAGAAGGCGAUAUUGAUGAUCCAAAUAUUCUUGGGGUGAGCUAUUUGACCGUAAAACAGUCGGAAGUAGGACUCCGAUUGCUUCUAGUGUUUAUAACGGGAGAAACCACUGAUUCCAGAAGCGUUAUACUUAUGAAAAAUGGUAUGAGACAAGGAUACAUUGCCUCUAAGGACUUUGAUGGGUUCAUGUUAACACUUCUCCAAUCCAUGCCAUCAGAGCAAACCCCAACAGAAACCGAAAAUAUACCCUUAGCAAUCAGAGCAUUGACGUUAUCAUCGGAAUACCUUAUGGAGGUUGCCAAUAACGUACUAUUGAUGUUCCAAAGAAAGUUUGAACUCUCUCAGCUUCAGUCUUUAGAAUUGGUAUUCGGUCAGGGGAAUGUCCGACUGAGAAUCAACGAUCAUCUUCAAAACAUAGCAGUGUCUGUUCCCUCCGAUGACUUAAUAGUACUACUUGAAGAACCUAGUGAGUCUUCCCCAAUAGACACAAUCCUUGAGUUUGUUUCCAAAACCACGACCCUUAACCUUUCACGUUUGGAAGUUGUUCGAUUGAUUACUGGACCUUUAUCACUAUUUGGUGAUGGUGGGGUACGGAUUUCUACAACCCAUAGUCAGCUACUUCCGUAUAUUAUUUCUACAUUAUACAGUGAGCUUUGA